AUGAGCAACCCUUGUCAGCAAGGAGCUUUAUUCUGUCGACCAUUAUGCAGUCAAGACGAUUAUGAAUGUGUUUGCAAACCAGGUUUUACCAGCCGGAAUUGUGAAACCGACAUCAACGAGUGCUCCAGUAAUCCCUGUUUAAACGGGGGUACUUGCACUGAUCAGAUUAAUAGAUACAUCUGCGCAUGUCCCGUUUGGACUGAAGGAGUAAGCUGUGAGACUGUUCGUGUCUUGGAUAUCCACGUUCGAAGCGAGGGUUGUGAGGAUGCAGGAAGAGCAGACCCCUGCGGCAAAGCUUACAUCAAGGUGGAUGGAACAGAUCACUCUCCUCACAGCAGAGGAUAUAACGUUGUUGUUGUGGACGGAGCAACAGGUGCAGUUCUCGGUACAAGAGGAUUUGAUACUUAUGAAGAUAGCUCGGCGGGUAAUAGACUCAGAGAUUACCUUAACGGUCUUCAUGGCCAUAAAAUAGUGUUAGUUGCUAUUCAAGAUGAGGGCUCAAUUCACAUGUCGCCAGCGAUUGAUGCGCUCAAGAGACUGGGCGCUACUGACCCUGUACAGCCGGACGAUAGGGGAUCUUUUGCUUUCGCUGGAUACGCUGGAGCAAACAAACCUCAGUGGAUAACACAGAGACGUGCGGACAAAGGACAGGGACCGAGUGAAAUAUUUCCGAAAAUUGCGUUAUCGGCAGGCGUGUUUGGUUAUCAAUUAGUUAUUGAUUUAUAUACUGGCCCAUUUUUUGAAACUGAAUUGAAACGACGGCCGUCCUCGGAACAGUUCCCUCCCACGUUAACUGAAAGGCAAUUGUCUACACGCUCACUGUGGUUUAAAAGUCAUGUGUGGCGUCAACUGGCGAAGAACGAAUCACGAGACGUGGAGGAGUAG